UGCAAAAACUGCAGUUGCUCCACUGUUUCGCUCGAGCCCUUGUUGAGUCGUUUGAAGUUCUUUCUCUCCAGUAAAACCUCACCAAAACUAGCCAAAAUGUGUGACGACGAUGUUGCUGCGUUGGUUGUAGACAAUGGAUCUGGUAUGUGCAAAGCCGGAUUCGCUGGAGACGAUGCUCCCAGAGCUGUCUUCCCCUCCAUCGUUGGAAGACCCCGUCAUCAGGGAGUGAUGGUUGGUAUGGGACAGAAGGACUCAUACGUAGGAGAUGAGGCUCAGAGCAAGAGAGGAAUCCUCACUCUCAAGUACCCCAUCGAGCACGGAAUCGUCACCAACUGGGAUGACAUGGAGAAGAUCUGGCAUCAUACCUUCUACAAUGAGCUGCGUGUUGCCCCCGAGGAGCACCCCGUCCUGCUCACAGAGGCCCCCCUCAACCCCAAGGCCAACCGUGAGAAGAUGACCCAAAUCAUGUUCGAGACCUUCAACACCCCAGCAAUGUACGUCGCCAUCCAGGCUGUGCUCUCUCUGUACGCCUCUGGACGUACCACUGGUAUCGUGUUCGACUCUGGUGAUGGUGUCUCCCACACUGUGCCCAUCUACGAGGGAUACGCUCUUCCCCACGCCAUCCUCCGUUUGGACUUGGCUGGACGUGAUCUGACCGACUACCUCAUGAAGAUCCUGACCGAGCGUGGCUACUCUUUCACCACCACUGCCGAACGUGAGAUCGUCCGUGACAUCAAGGAGAAGCUCUGCUACGUUGCCCUUGACUUUGAACAGGAGAUGGGAACUGCUGCCUCCAGCUCAUCGGUCGAGAAGAGCUACGAGCUCCCUGACGGACAAGUUAUCACCAUUGGAAACGAGCGAUUCCGAUGCCCUGAGGCUCUCUUCCAACCCAGCUUCCUCGGAAUGGAGUCUGCCGGUAUCCACGAGACUUGCUACAACUCAAUCAUGAAGUGCGAUGUUGACAUCCGUAAGGACCUGUACGCUAACACCGUCCUCUCUGGAGGUUCCACCAUGUACCCCGGAGUUGCUGACCGUAUGCAGAAGGAGAUCACUGCCUUGGCACCACCCACAAUGAAGAUCAAGAUCAUCGCCCCACCAGAGAGGAAAUACUCUGUAUGGAUCGGAGGUUCCAUCCUUGCCUCUCUCUCCACCUUCCAACAGAUGUGGAUCUCAAAGCAAGAAUACGAUGAGUCUGGCCCAUCCAUUGUCCAUCGCAAGUGCUUCUAAGCAGCGGAUAAACAUUUAGUUCUUAACCUUAUCACUAGUUUCAGACAUUGACAAUGCUUAGUAGUUUAUGUUAAAUUAUGUUAUGCAUCUGCAUCUGUAGUGUGUGUGCUGUGUUUUUCUUGAUAAAACUUUUACAGUA